UUAUUGUCCCAACGUCAAUCGCAUCGCCUGAUUCACGUCCGGAGAGUCAAAGGGAUCGACGCUCAUCGCAAAACUUCUCAUUUCCACAUACCGACUCCCCAAAAGAAUUCCGUCCCAAAUCUUCCCCACGCUGAAAGUUCUGACAAAGUUUGAAUCUUUGACGACAAAUCAACCCGAUCCAUCAAAGCUUCCCGUCCGGGUUUCAUCCCUACUUCGUCGCGACAGAGCCAUUUCACUCGCCGGGUUCCUCGUGGCCUUUUGGGUAACGAAUCUGGGGAUUCUCUUUCCUGGGUUCGGAUUGGUAUUUUUCGAUACGUUCCGGGUGAUUCUCUCGCGCCCCUUUUUGAUGGGCAUCUUCUUUUUGGCUCUGAAUCUUGGCGUUGAAUGAAGCAAGAGAGAGAAAUGAAGGUGGCGAAGACGCAGGUAUGGCAGCCAUGCAAAAAGAAGAGAUCUUGAUCCGCCUGCUUAAGCUCGAGCUUGAAUUGUGACUCUUGAGAGAGAGGGAGAGUGAAGGACGAGUUUUAGACAAGGGAGAGGAAGGGAGAGGGAGGGAGGAUGACGUCACGAGGGAGCACUAGCGGGAGGACACGAGUCGGGAAGUACGAGCUUGGGAGGACUCUGGGAGAGGGGACUUUUGCGAAGGUGAAGUUCGCGAGGAACACCGAGACGGAAGAGAAUGUGGCCAUCAAGAUCCUGGAUAAAGAGAAGGUUUUGAAACACAAAAUGAUUGGUCAGAUCAAACGAGAGAUUUCAACGAUGAAAUUGAUCAGGCACCCAAAUGUCAUCCGCAUGUUUGAGGUGAUGGCUAGCAAGACAAAAAUAUACAUCGUGUUGGAGCUAGUAACUGGUGGCGAGCUAUUUGACAAAAUUGCAAGUAAAGGCAGGUUGAAAGAAGAUGAAGCGAGAAAGUAUUUUCAGCAGCUCAUCAAUGCUGUGGAUUACUGUCAUAGCAGAGGCGUCUUCCACAGGGACCUGAAGCCAGAAAAUUUGCUGUUGGAUGCUAAUGGAAGUCUUAAAGUUUCAGAUUUUGGACUGAGUGCCCUACCUCAGCAAGUUCGGGAUGAUGGACUACUUCAUACGACUUGUGGAACACCAAAUUAUGUUGCUCCUGAGGUUAUUAACAACAAGGGCUACGAUGGGGCAAAGGCAGAUCUGUGGUCAUGCGGCGUGAUUCUGUUUGUCCUUAUGGCUGGCUUUUUGCCCUUUGAAGAAUCCAACCUCAUGGCAUUGUACAAAAAGAUUUUCAAAGCCGACUUCACAUGUCCUUCAUGGUUCUCCUCAAGUGCAAAGAAGCUCAUUAAAAGAAUUCUGGAUCCUAAUCCAUCGACUCGGAUUACAAUUGCAGAGGUCAUUGAGAAUGACUGGUUCAAGAAAGGAUAUAAACCUCCAGUUUUUGAACAAGCCAACGUGAGCCUCGAUGACGUGAAUGCAAUCUUCAAUGAAUUUGUUGACCCACAAAACCUUGUAGUGGAAAGGCGUGAAGAAGGGCCGGUGGCCCCUUCCACUAUGAAUGCUUUCGAACUCAUCUCUACAUCGCAGGGUCUCAACCUUAGUACACUUUUUGAAAAGCAAAUGGGACUUGUCAAACGCGAAACAAGAUUCACAUCAAAACGUCCAGCUAACGAGAUAAUUUCGAAGAUUGAACAAACUGCUAUGCCGUUAGGUUUUGACGUGCAGAAGAAUAACUUCAAGAUGAAGCUGCUUGGAGAGAAGACUGGACGGAAAGGUCAUUUGGCUGUUGCAACAGAGAUUUUUGAGGUGGCCCCUUCACUCUACAUGGUUGAACUGCGGAAGUCUGGUGGAGAUACACUGGAGUUUCACAAGUUUUACAAGAACCUUUCAACUGGGCUGAAGGAUAUUGUCUGGAAAACAGAUGAAGCAAUUGAGGAAGAAACUGUCGGUGGUAAGUGCCGUGGAUGCCAGAUCUUGAUGGUUGUUUACCACACAUGCUUAAAAUGUUGGUGGACAAACGAAUUGGCUUGCUCUUUGCUUUUUAUUUUUCUGUACUGGGUCGAAAACUUGGUAUGUAUCAUAGAUCAGACUAUUCUUGCUUUUCCUGGCUUUUUCGCGUGGAAUUCUGUGAAUCAUAGUAAUGUUGGAUUUGAAACUUUCUCUAUAUAUUUGUGUGCCGCGCAUUCCGCCAUUGACCAUUCAUCUCUAGGCUUUUUUGUUUCCUUCAUGACAUGAGUAAAAAGGUUGGUCUCUACUUUAUAUGUUGAAUUCACUUUA